CCGACUAGCAGCCCAAAAAGAGAAAAAGAUGAGCCGAGUUUUAAUCCCGAGAAAAGGAGCCGCAGGAGGAACUUCCAUUCCAUUCAUUCUUAAUGUUCGUCACUUAGCCGCAGUAGCAUAGCUUUUCCAUUCUUAGUUCGUAGUCAGUCAGCAGCACCAGUGGAUAUUCUCCUCUAAGCACUUGGACGCAGCAGCAAACCAGAAGACAACAGUAGAUUUUCUUCUCUUUAUUUAGUAGCAAUUAGCCGCAGCAGUAAUCCAUAACCAAGGAACUUCACUUUGCUUUCAAUUUCUUCUAAUCUAAGUUAGAUUCUCAGCAAGUAUUGUAAGUUUAGUUAUUUACAGCAUUAGUUCUUCAAUUUUGACUGAAUUUCGAAUUUCUUUGUUUCCAAUUAGCAAUUUCAGAUUUUCCCAUCAAUUACUCAUAAUUCACUUUUUAUUUCUAGAUGCUUAUCAUGUUUAUCAAUGUUAUUGCAAUGUUGGUUUUAAGUAUGAGUAGCUAAUUCCAUAAAGGGUUUGAAUUGGGGCUAGGGUUCAUGGGUUCUUGAGGUGUGGAUUUAGUUUUUGAAAUUCAAUUAAUCUUCUGGAAAAUUUGUAUAAGAUUAAUCAUAAUUGUCUAUAUGAAUUUGAUCACCUCAUAUAUGAAUUUCUGGAUUUAAUUCAAUUCUUGUCUAUGAGAAAUUGAGUUAAAUUAGCUCAGGUCUUAUACAAGCAAUCUGAUCUUAGAAAUAAGUUAGGAUUGUGAAAAUUUGAUUUAAUUCUUGUCUAUGAGAAUUUAUUUCAUUUUCUUUCCAGGAACAAUUGAAAAUUAAUUUACUUAAUUCUAAUCCCGAAAGAACACCCAGAACCCGAACCAUCCAAUUUGAACCCUGUUUUAAUAUCCUGAAUCAAUUUAAUUUAAUUUUUUUCUCUAUUUAAUUUUGCACUCACUAUUAGUUAGUUUUAUUUUUAAACCACUCAAAAAAUAUUUAUUCGGAAAGAUUACCAUGACUUGUGCUAGCCUGUGAUCACGGACUGUAUUUAAAACUUCCUUUUUGCCACUCCUUGAGAGACGAUACUCGUGGUCUGGUUAUUCUUCGGAUUAGCCAACUACGUUUUACUCACUAAAAAAAUACACCGAUCAAAUGGCGCCGUUGCCGGGGAGUGGCACUGUUGUUUGUUAAGUACUUUUCUGUGGAAUAGGUAAAAGCAAGUCGGUGAGACUUUCUAUUUUUUUUCUGUUAUUUGUUUGUCGUUUUUGGUGUUCUUUGCACGUGAACUAAGCUGCAGGAACCAGUGUAUGCGCACUCGCUCCUCGGGGGAACAAGAUUUAAUUGCAGGUUAUUCUGAUCCUGAGCGCUUAUUCUGAGGACGAGCUAAAAGGAGAUUGCUAGAACACUUGGACAAGAUGGCUGAUCAGACAACUCUGGAGACGUUGACGCCUAAUUAUGUGGCGAGAAAUAGCAUUGGUGCACCCACCAUUGAGGCCAACAAUUUUGAAAUCAAGCCGGCCAUGAUUCAGAUGCUUGCUAAUAAUCCAUUCUGUGGAUACGCCCAUGAAGAUCCAAUGGAGCAUAUUGAGAGCUUUAUUCAGACUUGUGCCACGUUCAAAUAUAAUGGAGUGUCCAGCGAAGCAGUCAGGUUGACUUUAUUCCCGUUCUCGUUGAAAGACAAAGCUUCACGGUGGCUCCGUAGCUUUCCAAACGGGCAUUUUGAUACAUGGGAGAAGCUUCAUCAGGCAUUUAUGCAGGAGUAUUUUCCUCCCUCUGCCGCUAUCAAAGUUCAGACAGAAAUCCUUAAUUUCACUCAAGCUCCGACCGAAUCUUUCAGUGAAGCAUGGGAUAGGCUGAAGACGUUAAAAAGAAAGUGCCCUGAAACAUUCAUGAAUGCAGCCACAAUUAUGUGCAGAUUUUAUAAUGGUCUUCGGUUGGAGUAUAUGAGAGAACUCGAUCGGGCAUCUCAAGGGGGUAUGUUUCUGAAAUUAUCCCCACAGGCAGAAGAGCAGAUAAUUGAGAACCUGGCCUCAAAUGAUAAGUAUUGGUAUGCGGGUAAAGAGAGAGCUCAAAAUCCACCCGGUUUGCUUAAUCUGGACCCCAUCACUGCACUCACCGCGAAGAUAGAAGGACUGGUUGUGGACGUGAAAGACUUGAAGGCACAGACUUCUCAACAGGAGCAGGUCCAUAAUAUUGGAGCAUAUCAACCCUCUUAUCCUAUGUAUUCUGCCCCACUCCCUGUUCGAGCAAGCUAUCCAAGCCCAACCGGCCAAGAACUCGCUUUAUCUUGCGAGAUGUGCAUGGGAGCUCACCUCACUCACACAUGUCCUCUUUAUGCUCAGAAUCAGGCAUCACCAGUGGUCCAGAACGUCAAUUUCAUGGAAUAUGGUCAAGGCCAGAGAGGAGGUGGACAAUUUUUCAACAAUCAAGGUCAGAGGGGAAACUUUCAGCAAGGAGGAGGCUCGUGGAGGCCUAAAAAUCAGAAUCAAGUGCAGCAGAAUGCCCCCAAUUACCAAGCAAAUUUCCAGAAUAGGGGCAAUUCAAAUCAGCCCGCUUAUAUCCCGCCUCAUCAAAGACAACUUGAGCAGCCUCCUGUAAAUGUAGCGUUAGAGAAAACAGUGGCUGAAUUAGCCAAAAACCAAGCGGAGAUGCACCAGCGUUUUAGCAACCUUGAAGCUCUUAUCCGCCAUCUUGGCUCAAGUGCUUCAAGGGAACCGGGCAGCCUUCCGAGUUCAACAGAACCCAAUCCAAGGGAGCAAGUGCAGGCAGUUACACUACGCAGCGGGAGAACCCUUAAAGAAGAUGAUAUUCUGCCAGUACCUCAACAAAAAGAGGACCAGCAACCUCAAGGCUCGGAUUCCCAGAAGGUUGAAGAAGAACGAGUGGAUGCUCCCUGUUCAGCCAAGAGUGAAGAAGCUCAGAAGAAAGAGGAGAGUAAGAAGACUCCACCCCUUCCAUUCCCUACACGGGUAAAGAAGAGCAACGAUAACACAAACUUGAUUAGAUUUAUGGAGCAUCUGAAGCAGCUCCAUAUCAAUAUGCCAUUCAUGGAGGCUUUGACAGAGAUGCCGAGGUAUGCAAAAUUUAUGAAGGACCUCCUCACGAAAAAGAGGAGGUGGGAAGAGCCAGAAGUUGUGGAUCUCAAUGCAGAAUGUUCAGCAGUUGUUCUGAAGACCAUGCCUCCGAAACAAAAAGAUCCAGGGAGUUUUCUUGUACCUUGUUCUAUUGAAAACUUUAAGUUUAAUAAUGCUUUAGCUGAUUUAGGAGCGAGCAUCAAUUUGAUGCCUUCCUCUGUGGUCAUGAAACUUGGCUUGGGUGUACUUAAGCCCACUCGUAUGAGCCUCCAGCUAGCGGACCGAUCAGUGAAAUACCCGAAAGGAAUUCUAGAGGAUGUAUUAGUACGGGUGGAAAAGUUCAUAUUCCCUGUUGAUUUUGUUGUCAUGGACAUGGAGGAAGAUCGUGAGACUCCACUUAUUUUAGGGAGGCCCUUUCUGGCUACUGCUAGGGCCCUUGUUGAUGUUGCUGAUGGUUCACUUUCUCUGAGAGUUGGGGACGAUGUGUGUACAUUUAAACUCUCAGAUGUGAUGAGUAAGGCCUCAGACUCCGCUGAAUCAUGCCAUUAUCUUGACAUGUUUGAGUCAGUGGAGGGGUAUUUAUUUGGAGGCGAUAGUGAUAUUACCCCACCCGUUAGUGAGACUCAUUAUGUGGGGGAUGUAGUCGCUGAAAAUGAAGAAGAAAUGACUGUUGAUUGCGAGCAGGUGAUUAGGGAUGAUGUUUUCCCUGAGUUGCUUACUGAGUUUGAGGAGCAGCCCACUGAUAAGGUUACUCCUGAACUCAAACCGCUCCUUAGUCACCUGGAGUAUGCAUUUUUGGACACAGAAGGCCAACAAAUUGUCAUCAUUUCAGCUCAGUUAGAGUCGGGACAGAAGGAAAAAUUGUUGGAUGUCCUUAGGUGCCACGAACAGGUCAUUGCUCGUAAGCUUGAGGAUCUUCGUGGGAUUAGCCCAACCUUCUGUACCCACAAAAUUAAGUGUGAGGAGGGGUAUAAACCAGUUGUUCAACCGCAACGACGCUUACUCCCUCAGAAGGGAAUUUGGAUUUCUUUGGACGACCAGGAGGUCUCUUCAAAAAAAUUGGAGACUUGCACACAAUGUUAAAGACACUUUCUGGAAUUGACCAUGACUUUUGAUCUCGUAUUGGAUGCAUGGUACUACUCCAUGUAGACAGCUACGCAUCACAAGAAUAAUACAGAAUUAACCGCAGGGAUUCAGAAUUCAUUUGUUAGCACCAAACUGAAAUCCAGUUAUCAAAGCUAGGUCUUAUUUCUUCAUUCUAACCACUCUCUUGCCUAUUUGAAGCUCAAUUUCAGUCUUAAUAAUAUUUUCUUCCAAAGGUGUAACAUUAUUUCCCUUCAGCAUCCAUAUCAGUUGUACAUUUAUCCAUUUCAUAUUUCCUACAUCUAACAUGUCCCCAAAACGAUCUCCCUAAAUUCUUUUAAUUCUUCUUUAGUCAUUACACUCCUAAUACUCUCCACAACCUUGAUUAGAUUGUAGAAAUAAUUAAGUCUCAGGUCGUAUUUUCCCUCUACAAUUUCCGAGUUACAGAAACACUUGUAUGCCUAUUACCCUACAUAAUUACGGGUAAGCAUUUUAUGUCACAACAUUAGCUACUUCAAAUGAAUUAAAUUCAACAAAGCUGGACAGUAAGUCAAUGUAAUGUAUAACGCCUCAAUUGAGCACCAUUUUAUGCCCAAUUCAGGUUUCAAUUAGUACAACAUAAACAACUGCUGCCCUGAGAAUACACCUUAAGCUUUAUUUAAACAAAUUAAAAUAUAUUAAGUUAGUUUGAACACAACAAACACCCCCCUUUAUUGUAAUGGCAAAGGCUUAUAUAGUAAUCUCAUAAGCUCAUAGUCAUCAACAACCACAUAUGCGACCAAUUCAGUCACAAGUUCUAGGAUUAGACAUAUAGUCAAUUGUCCGUAAAUAAGUGCAAUGACUCGCUAAUCUCAAAUUGGGCAACUUAAAGUCUAUAAUGACCGAAUUGAUAUUCUUGUUGCCCACCUCAAUAAACUCCUGCCUCCUGCUAAUAAAAAAACAAAACACAGCCCACAUUUCGGGGUGAAACAGCCAUUGUUUGUCUGAAAAGAACCAAACAUGAACCAUAAGUAAAAACUAGAAAUAUUUUGCAUGUGUUGACGUAAAAAGUCAAAGAGCUUAGAUAUGGAAUACUAUCUGACAAUCACAUUAACCUUAUUCAGUGACUCGACGCAAUUAGAGGUAAGCACACUAAAUCUUCGUGGACCAGCCAUACACCUAGCCCAUUUGUGACUCCCAAUCUUAUCUAAUCACGGACGAAUCCUGACAUUAUCAGAAUCUAACAUAGCUAGAUAUUCUUCAUAUUCAGAAACAGUGGGAGCCAUAUAAGUAGCCUUAAACUUCCACCCAAGCCCAUCACCAGAAUCUCUGAGUUUAUGAAUAAGAUUAUGUCUAAGGUGUUUCACACAGAAACCAUGAAUAGCAUAUGGAAAUAUAUAAGUCAUGAUGGAAUUUAAUAGUAUCAUGCAACUUCAUCAAAAACCCAUUUCCAAAACAGGCAAAGGAACAAUGUGCCUAUUUGCAUAUUGACCACACAUUGUUAGCAACGUUCCUUUGUAGUAAGCUUUCAUAAAUGACCCAUCCACGAUUAGCAUAGGUCUACAAAACUUCCAAGAAUCAGUCCAUGGUGCAAGAGAGAGAGAAACGAAUGAAACGUGUCAUCACCACCUCUAAUAAGACUUAUUGAAGAUUUAGGGUUUGAACUGUCAAGAAUCUGAGCCAUUUGUUAAAUGUUUGUAUGAAUCUGCAUCUGAGCCAAACUGUUUUUCCAUAGAGGUUCUUUGCGCUUCCCAAGCUUUCUUAUAUGACAUUGAAGUUCCAAAUUGCAAAGCCAUAUCAGUUUGUAAUUGUUUGGGGUUAUAGGAGUUUUUUGAAGCAUCUAGAUAUUUGUACGCAACCAUAUUUGCAAUGAUAUCUGUUGUAGCUUGCAUGUGAUAACCUUGUCCGUAAUCAACAGAGCAAGGAUGUUCAAGAUGAAUCCUGGAAUGCAUCACAAAGAAUACUGACAUCAAACAAACAUGGCCCUUGAACUAAACUUAUGGCAAUAAAUGACAAAUAUAUAAGGGCAAAGUAAUUAAAUUCGUGAAUACCUUCUAAUCUGAAACAUAUUGACUCCAGAUAACCUAACUAUGCGCACAGUCCAUUUGCACUUGUCAUCCUUACAUAUAACAUGAAGGCAAUUUUUCUUUGGUUUAUGGGUUUCAUAUUGAAAACUGUUAUUGAUCGCAUACAUUUUCAAGUGGUGGAUAAAAGAAAGCUUGUCUUUAUUGAUGGCAAGACGAAUCAGGCAAGUAUGAUGAUGAUGUGUAAAGACCUCAACAUUAUGGUGAAGAGAAUAACUUUUAGAGGAAGACAAUUUUGAACUCACAAAAAAAGAUAGCAACUGAGGUUUCUGGAACAUCAGAAAACUCAGAUGAUGAAACAUCAUCAUGUGGUUCAAGGUUGUGCACGUCCUCAUGAUCUGAAACAUGAAUACCAGCUUUAGUACAAGGUUCAGAAAAGGAAGAAGAAGCAUUUGAAUUAUUACAAUGAGGAACUGAGUUGUGAAGGAGCAAGGAAGCAUCAACAACUUCAUUAUUAACAAAC